CGCCGCCGCCGCCGCCUCCGCCGCCGCCGCCGCCAUGGGCACGCCGCUGCCUGGCCGCGCGGGCGGGCCCGCCACGCCGCUGUCGCCCACGCGCUUGUCGCGGCUGCAGGAGAAGGAGGAGCUGCGCGAGCUCAAUGACCGCCUGGCGCACUACAUCGACCGCGUCCGCGCGCUCGAGCUCGAGAACGACCGGCUGCUGCUCAAGAUCUCCGAGAGGGAGGAGGUGACCACGCGCGAGGUGAGCGGCAUCAAGACGCUGUACGAGUCGGAGCUGGCCGACGCCCGCAGGGUUCUGGACGAGACGGCCCGAGAGCGGGCCCGGCUGCAGAUCGAGCUGGGGAAGGUGGAGGCCGAGCUGGAAGAGGCGAACAAAAGCUCCAAGAAGAGGGAGGGGGAGCUCGCGGUGGCCCAGGGCCGCGUCAAGGAUCUGGAGUCCCUCUUCCACCGGAGCGAGGCGGAGCUGGCCGCCGCCCUCGGCGACAAGCGGGGCCUCGAGAGCGACGUGGCGGAGCUGCGGGCCCAGCUGGCUAAGGCGGAGGACGGUCACGCGGUGGCCAAAAAGCAGCUGGAGAAGGAGACGCUGGCGCGCGUGGACCUGGAGAACCGCUGCCAGAGCCUGCAGGAGGAGCUCGACUUCCGGAAGAGCGUCUUCGAGGAGGAGGUGCGGGAGGCGCGGCGGCGGCACGAGCGCCGCCUGGUGGAGGCGGACAGCAGCCGGCAGCAGGAGUACGACUUCAAGAUGGCGCGGGCGCUGGAGGAGCUGCGCGGCCAGCACGACGAGCAAGUGCGGCUGUACCGGCGGGAGCUGGAGCAGACCUACCAGGCCAAGCUGGACAGCGCCAGGCUGAGCUCCGACCAGAACGACAAGGCGGCCAGCGCCGCGCGGGAGGAGCUGAAGGAAGCGCGCAUGCGGGUCGAGUCCCUCGGCUACCAGCUGUCCGGCCUCCAGAAGCAGGCCAGUGCCGCGGAGGACCGCAUUCGCGAGCUGGAGGAGACCAUGGCCGGGGAGCGGGACAAGUUCCGCAAGAUGCUGGACGCCAAGGAGCAGGAGAUGACAGAGAUGCGCGACGUGAUGCAGCAGCAGCUGGCCGAGUACCAGGAGCUGCUGGACGUGAAGCUGGCCCUGGACAUGGAGAUCAGCGCCUACCGCAAGCUGCUGGAGGGCGAGGAGGAGAGGCUGAAGCUGACCCCCAGCCCGUCGUCGCGGGUCACUGUGUCGCGGGCCGCGUCGAGCGGGAGCAGCGUGGCCGUGGCCGUGACCGGGCGCCAGGGGCGCAGCAAGCGGAAGCGGCUGGAGGCGGAGGAGUCGCCGGGCUCGAGCGGCGUGGGCUCGGGCGGCGGCGGCGGCAGCGGCGGCAGCGCUUUCCACCUGGCGCAGCAGGCGUCGGCCACGGGCGGCGUCGCCAUCGAGGAGGUCGACCUGGAGGGCAGGUUUGUGCAGCUGAAGAACAGCUCGGACAAGGAUCAGUCUCUGGGCAACUGGAGGAUCAAGAGGCAGGUGGUGGAGGGGGAGGAGAUCGCCUACAAGUUUACGCCCAAGUACGUGCUGCGCGCCGGCCAGACCGUCACGGUAUGGGCGGCUGGUGCAGGAGUGGCCCACAGCCCCCCCUCGACGCUCGUGUGGAAGAGCCAGAACAGCUGGAGCACGGGCGAGAGCUUCCGGACUGUCCUGGUCAACGCUGAUGGGGAGGAGGUGGCCAUGAGAACCGUGAAGCAGUCGUCGGUGGCGCGGGAGACGGAGAACGGGGAGGAGGGAGAAGAGGAGGGAGCCGAGUUCGGCGAGGAGGACCUUUUCCAUCAACAGGGGGACCCGAGGACCACCUCGCGAGGCUGCCGCGUCAUGUGAACCGAACUCACCUCGGCCCGUCUUUACCCAGAGCCACUGAAAACUAUUUUUAUACCAUUGGCCGUCUUUAGUCCUUGAUACAUUUCUAGAGAAUUUUUAAGCAAACUGCCAGAACAUGGGGGCGGGGCUCUGCGAUCUGUGCUGUCGGUGGCUUCCUCGGGCCCUCCCUUCAUCGCCUCUGUCUGGACAUGGUUUUUUUUUUUUUUUUUUUUGGUGCCGCAUUUCACCAUUUGGCUGAGUUCGAGGCCGAAGAACCUAAUAGCUGCCGGGGGCGGGGUUUGGAGGGGCGGGGGCGCGGUGGGGCGCAGGGGCGCGACCCUCUCCCGCUGCCCCGCCACAGGGCAGGCGCCAGGACCCACCUGUGGGGCUCAAGUGGGCGGAGAGCAAGGAUGCCCGGGAGUUGCGUUGUCUGUUAAGCUUUUUAAAAACCAAAUCCAGAGCCCAGGUCGUGACCUGGCGGGGACCGCGCACCCCACGUGGAAUUUGGCAGCUGGGCCGGAGACCGGAAGCAGGUAGUGGGGACGGGCUCUGCUUGUACCCCGCUCUGCGCAUGUGCGGCUGCAGGCCGGGUGUCUGGGCAUGCGUUGGGGGCUCUGGUGGGCCCCCUUCUCCCUUCCUGGCUGUGGGGCCCUCAGGUUUCUGGAGCUUUCUCUAGUUGAGUUCCUCAGCUUGCAGGACCGGCGGGGCAGGAGACCUGGAAACCCCGGGGGCGGGGACAGCUCCGUCUGGAGUCUUGUCACCAGGUCAGUGGCAAGGACGCAAGCGAGCGUCCGCGUGUGACAGCCGCUUCCCGGGCCUCCGACCGGAGAGCGGCCUCGGGGUGAGCCCCCCGCCCCUUUCUCCAACUCUGUGCCUUGUGCACGGGGCUGAGUGCGGGUCCCCACCCGCUCCCGUGUGCUCGCGGGUCCCGCUGUCCUGUCUUCAGGGGGCGACUUCCUUCUCUGACCGACGUGCUGGUGCGGCCACCCCGCCCUGCCCGCCGCCUGCACCCGCUGACCGUUCAUACCCCCUCCCACAUAGAAACACAGAAGUUAUUUUUUUAAUGGAUAUUUAUUUUUUUACAUUGGUCAGUACUCAGAUUGCCGGAUCCCACUUCAGGGCUCGAGCCAGGGUCACUGGGACAGUCCCCCGAGGGGGUGGAGUUGCGGGGGGCCAGCUCGGUGACCGCUGAGGCCGCGGACGGCAAAUUCCUUCAGAAAGCGCAGCUCAAGUCUUAAAGAGGAAUACUGAGCCAUGGAGGCACCCCGCCCCCGAAGGUGCCUCCGUUACCGGGCGGGCCCCUCCCGCUCGCCCCGGGCUGGGAGCAGCGCCCAGAGGCGGCCGGCCUGUCUCCCUUUCCUUGGAAGCUGUCUGUGGCCAGGAGGGUUGGAGGCUUGUUAGGUGGCAGAGGGUGAACACUGCUGCAUCCAGAGUCGGCCUGCAGCCCCCUUGCUUUAGGUCUGGUACUUUCCGUGGCCACCCGAGUCAUCAGGCUGUGGGCUUGGUAUUUCUCGCGAAGGGAGAUGUCUCACCACUACCCCUCCCCCGGUUCUGGCGGGUCCUGCGGAUGCACCAGCCCCCGGCCCACGCGUUGCCCUUUGCAGGAGUGUCUCCGGGCCCCCGAGGGGCUGUGCCCCCCACACCCGCAUCACAGGAACUGCGCGCACAGUGAGGGUCUGGGGCACAGACGCCGAGGCAUCGGGCAGGUGGGGGUGGGGGACCUCCAGACACACCGUCUGCGCUGGUCUCAGCCACAUCCUGCGAGGUGUUGGGGGUGGGGGCGGCGCGUGUGGACAGGGAGUGGCCCCACCGCUCCCACGGGCCCAGAUGCUUCAUGACGUCCUUUUCGGUUCCGGGCAGGGCCCCCAGGUGCACGCGUAGGGCUUGUUCCCGGCAGGCGACACCUGUCCUCUCCAAGCCGGCUCCGGCCUUCCCCUGCCCCCCGAGGCCGUGGUGGCCUGGCCGAGGUCCUGGGUGGAGGGGUGAAGUGGCUCAGGCACCGCGGUGCCCUUGUCUGGUGGGGGGAGGGUAAGCUAGGGGCCCUUGGUGACUGCAGGCGGGCGACGUCGUUGGUGAGGGAGUAUCUGGAAAUCCGGAGUGGAACCCAGGGCUCAGCUGGCAGCGCUGGCCUGGGCUGGCAAACAUUCUUAGCUUUAAGCCGCUUCCAACGACGCGGGGACGAUUCCUUUGUCCCGAGUCCCACCCGGUAACCGGGCCGGGCCAGCGGCUCCGCAGGUGGGGUCCCGCCCCACGGCCCCAAGGAUCGUCAGCACAGCCUGCCCGGGCCCGGCUCGGCGGACGGCCUCCAAGGACUUGCAUGCCAAACGUGUGGUCUUUUUCUUUCUCCGAUGAUUUGUAAUAUGCAUUUUAUGACCGGAAACUUUUUGUACAACACUCCAAUAAACAUUUUGGUUUUAA